AUGUCUGCUCAACGUUUUCAUUGGCCGACUAUGCCAUUUAGUCGUGAAAUUCACAGCGGAUGCGCUAUAAACACUUCAAUCAUCAUUAAGGCUAAGCCUUACUCGGAUCCUACUAGGAGUUUGGUUAUAGAUUUAAAAAGCGAGAAAGAUAUCGCAUUACAUCUCACCAUACCUGUCAACAAACGAGGAAAUAUGGCCAUCAACUCUCGACUCAAUGGCAAUUACUCGAGCGAGAUCGAGAAACCAAUCUUUCUAGCAGUAAAAGAGCCCUUUGUACUUCAUAUUCGAAUGAAUCAACAUGCUGCUGAGAUUUACUAUAAUGACGCACACAUCGCUGACUUCAUUCAUCGUGUUGAUCCUUUAGAAGUUAAAUCACUCUCAAUUGAAGGACCUAUCAUAAUCGAAGAAGUUGCAUUUAACCCACCACAAGGAGCUUCACUCGAUCCUCUACCAUCUUAUGAAGAAGCUUUCAAGAACUCACUCCCACCCACUACAAGACCAGGAGAAGGAGCUUCAUCAUCUCGACCAAGAAACCCAACAACUAUUGCGGGAGGAACAAACCCUUUCUCAUACACGGCUGGUGAAUUACCACCCAAGCCCAAGACAGAAAUUUCCGAGAAGAAGCCUCCUUAUCCUGAAGAGAACCCAGGACAGGCAGUUCGUGUACAAGCAGGAUUACAAGGACAGGCAAGUUAUAACACACAAGUUGUCCAGCCUAUGCCUCAAGUUCAGCCACAGCCCCAGCCACAUACUCAAGCUCAACUCCAACAACAACCUCAAAUGCAGAUUCAGCCUCAGCCAUAUGGACAGAAUAUCCCACAAGGUUACCCGAAUGGUCAGAAUAUCCCACACGGUUAUCCGGGAGCUAUGGGUAGUGGGUAUCCUCAACAACCAAUGCCGAGUCAGAUAACCACAGUGCCCCCACCUCAACUGCCACCAUACAAUGUUUAUAAUCCAUACACGGAGAGACCAACAACGAUUGUUCAACAGCAGGCCCCUGAAACUACAGUUGUUUACCCUCAACAGACCAUCAUUCAACAACCAUACGUUGUUCAACCUCAAAUCUACCCUUCAGUUUAUGGCUAUUCUUACCCAACAUUUUUCUACGAAGGAGGAUAUGGCCAUCAUCAUCAUCAUCACGGACACCAUCAUCACCACUGCUAA